AUGGCCCACGCAAAGGACAGCAAGUUGGAGGAUCCCGAACACCCGUCGUGGUCGUCGUACAUGCGAACGCUGUACGCGUCAGGUGAACGGCCGAGUAUAUCGACCUACGACGCGGCCAAGCUGGCUGAGAAAGCACGCGAGGUUACGAAGGAUAACCAUGCUGCGUUCAUGUAUACCUUCGGUUCUGCUGGACUCGGCUCGACAGAGGCCGCAAAUCGCAGAGCGCUCGAUAGCUGGCGCAUCAUACCGCGUAUGUUGCGCGAUGCCUCAGAACGAAACCUGGAUACUGAAAUCUUUGGUAUCAGAUAUCGAAGCCCCAUCUUCGUCGCACCCGUUGGCGUACAGGGUAUAUUGCAUGCGGACGGCGAACUAGCCGCGGCUCGCGCAGCAAAGGAAGUUGGUGUUCCGUACAUCAUGAGCACCGCCAGCACUCGCACGAUCGAGCAAGUCGCCGAAGUCAACGGCGGCGGAAAUCGCUGGUAUCAGCUAUACUGGCCCUCCUCCAAUGAUAUCACUCUAUCCUUACUGGUGCGCGCAAAGAAAGCUGGGUUCACAACGCUCGUCAUUACUCUGGACACUAUGCUGCUUGGAUGGCGACCGCACGACUUGGACACGGCUUACUUACCCUUCCUCGCGGGCGUAGGCAUCGCCGUAGGUGUAUCCGACCCGGUUUUUAUGACUUCUCUAGGACUGAAAGCGGACCCCAACCCUCCAAUCACGUUCCCCUUCGAUCAAGACAAGCAUCGCAAGCUCCUCCAGCAAGGCGACGAGGCCGCGUUGCACGCCACAUACCUCGGCUCGGAAUGGUUGAAGCAAACGAACUCGGGACUGUUCAGGAGCUGGGACGACGUCAAGUUCGUGCGCGAUAAUUGGGAUGGCCCGCUCGUCUUGAAGGGCAUACAGUCAGUCGCAGACGCACACGCGGCCAUGAACGUCGGCGCGGACGGCAUCGUCGUAUCGAACCACGGCGGGCGCCAGGUCGACGGUGCCAUCCCGUCGCUCUUUGCGUUGGAGCAGAUCACUGCCGAUGCACGAGUGCUGCGGGCGCAGAAGACCGGAAAGUUCACUGUCCUAUUUGACUCUGGCAUUCGCACCGGCACGGAUAUCAUCAAGGCUCUUGCCAUGGGCGCCCAGGGCGUGCUCGUGGCUCGACCUUUCAUGUACGGCCUCGCAAUAUCUGGUCAACAGGGCGUCGAAGAGGUUCUGCGUGGACUACUGGCCGAUACGGAGAUCACGCUCGGAUUGUGCGGAUACAAAAACAUUGAGGAGAUACAGGGCAAAAGGGAGGAGAUCAUGACACGCUGGGAACAAGCUAAACUAUAA